AAAAAUGGGAUUUAAAUUCCGGGCUGAAGUAUAAAUACACGCGUUUACGGUGUCGUUGUCACAAUGAGAAGUCGCCAUGGAAUCCUUCGUCCUGCUCGCGGUACUUACAUACUCUCUCGUAUCUUGUACCUUAGUAACUCCACAAUCCUCAAAAGAAGAGGUUGCCACAAGGUGGUCCAAAGACAAGUACGAUUAUCUACCACUAAUUCCACAUGGAGAGAGCUCCGAUGAGAGCGACGCAUUUUUAGAGAACAUUCUUCGAAAUGACAAAACGACCUACCGAGAAAAAAAGGGCAGAGUCGUUCACAAGGGAAAGAACCCUCCACAGCCGCCAUUUCGUAUUCCUAUUGGCAGAAAAAGGUCUAACAGGGUAGUCAUUCACACGGGAGCGAACCCUACAAUGGCGCCAUUUCGUAUUCCUGGUGGCAGAAAAAGGUCUAACAGGGUAGUCAUUCACACGGGAGCGAACCCUACAAUGGCGCCAUUUCGUAUUCCUAUUGGCAGAAAAAGGUCUAACAGGGUAGUCAUUCACACGGGAGCGAACCCUACAAUGGCGCCAUUGCGUAUUCCUUUUGGCAGAAAAAGGUCGAAUGGCGUAGUCGUUCAUACGAACCCCGAUUUGUCAGACUUGGAUGGCGACACGCCCAACGUAAAUAUCGAAAGGGCUCAAAAGGAAGAAUGUUGAUAAAUCCUUCACAAUUUAGACGCAUUGGAUUAAUUGUGAGAUAAUAUAGCAAAUAAAUUUCCCUUAUAUCUCAA